GGGGAGACACACGUCACUCACGCGCGUAAGGCAUGUCUGACGGAGCCAUGUCUGCCUCGUCGUCGUCGUCGGACCUGGAGCAGAUGCACUUUAAGGUCAUUCUGCUCGGGGAUGGGUCUGUGGGGAAGACAUCGAUUGCGCAUCGGUUUGGUCAUGAUACGUUUGCAAAGUCGUACAAGCAGACGAUUGGGCUGGAUUGGUUCUCCAAGCAGCUGGAGCUGCCGGACGCAACCGAGGCGAGUCUCUCGCUGUGGGACAUUGGCGGGCAGAACAUGGGCGGCAACAUGCUGCCGAACUACAUCUAUGGUGCCAAUGCAAUUCUGUUUGUGUAUGAUAUCACAUCGGUCGACUCGUUUCUUAAUCUGGAGGACUGGCUGGGCGUGGCCAAGGCGUCGUUUGCCGGCCGCGGGCCGAUGCCGUACAUGGCGCUGGUGGGCAACAAGUCGGACUUGUCGCACAUGCGGGCGACCAAGCUGGCGAAGCACAAGGCGUUUGCGCAGGACAACAACAUGUACUCGUUCUUUGUCUCGGCCAAGACCGGCGACCGCAUCAACUCGACCUUUUACCGUAUCGCCGCCGACAUGGCUGGCAUCCAGCUGACCCAGGCCCAGGUUGGAGUCCAGGCGCCGGUUGUCACCGCCCACGUUGUCACCUAUCGCGAGUCGCGGAACGAUGCCAGCGAGAGCGCCGGUGGCAGAGAUGCUGGGAGCGGGGCGGGCGCCCGGGAAAGGCCGCAGGCAAGGGCAAGUACAAGAGGAAGGGCAAGGGGAAGGGCAAGGGCAAGGGCGAUGGCGACAAGGGCGGUUGCGUGGUGUCGUGAGGCUGGCAGAGUGGGGCUGGCAGUUGGCUGGCGGCUAGAGCUUGGAGCGGAGGACAGGGGUCGGGAGACCGGCGGCGGAGAGCGCAGCGGCGGAGGCCGGCUUGGGCUUGACGGUUGAAGUCCGCGAGGCCGACGACUUGGGCGCGCCGUGGAACGACUGGUACUCUGAGUCCAUGUUGGAAAAGUAGGUGAUGGCCGAGACAAGCGGGUUGAGGUCGAGGACCUUUGUGACGAGGCGCGAGCCCCAUGAGAAGGCGCCCGAGUCGAGGAGAGUGACGCGGCCGACGGCACGGAACACGUUGUCCGCCACCUCCUCGGGGUACUGACCGAUCAUGUUGAGGUAGUUCCAGAGCUUGAGGUCGGGCAGGUCGUCGAUAAAGUUGGAGCGCAUGUAGCCAGGCUGCAGCG